UCAGGCACACACAGAGAACUGAGAAAAGACACUUGGCCAACCCACUUCCCCUUCCUGUCAACAGCACGGUUCCUGGUUUUGGGUUCCGUCUUGAAGAUUUCCAUCAUUGGUUGAUCUACUUAUGCUCCCGGUCGAAAUGUCCCUUGACUGAAUCGACAGCGCGAAUCAGACACGGGAUUACCUGCCUAGGAUAAAUCAUCAUGGUGUGCGAUGAUUACCGACUCUUUGUGCUCCUCCUGACCACAUCCUCCAUCGUUGCAGCGCUAAGCGAGGAGACUCUUAGCGUCUACGCUCUGCUCGGCAGCAACCUAACCUUAUCGCUAGGCCAAAAGCUGCUGAGCGACCAGGAUACAUUGCGCUGGACACACAACAACAAAGCCAUCUUCAAUAGGUUCUCCGGAGUCGUCCGCCAGGGUAAGCCGACGGACGUCGACGCGGCUGGAUCCCUCCAGCUGCUCAACCUCAGCGACUCCAGCGCUGGGGACUACAAGGCAGACGUGUACGACAGGACCAGGGUGCGCGUCAAUGGCUGGAGCGGACACGUGUACGUGGUUGAGAAAGUGUCGACGCCUGUGAUGACGUUUCUGUGCGGUUCUAGCGGCGCCACGGCCACACUGAAAUGCGACGUUCGCAACCCGAAGUACGUGGUCUACGCCUGGACCCACGAAGGUCAGCUCCUGACAGGGGAAACAAAGCCCACGCUGAGCGUGUCUUUGGCAAAGUUCAAGGGCGAUAAAGGUUUUAGCUGCAGUGUAAGUAACAGCGCCAGCAAAGCCCAGAGUAACGCUGUCCAGUUAAAGUGCAAGCCGCCGCCGCCGCCGCCGCCGCCGCCUCCGCCGCCGCCGCCGCCGCCGCCGCCGCCUCCGCCACCGCCGCCUCCGCCGCCUCCGCCGCCUCCGAAGGUCUACUGCUUUAACGCCAGCACAGUAAUGGCCGCCGUGGCUGGAGGAGUCGGUCUGAUUAUGCUGCUCUUCAUCAUCACCGUAGUCGCAUGUUCCCGACAGAAGAAGGCGCAGACGCCGGAACAGCAAGAGGAUCUCCUUAUGGCCCCGGCCACGAAGUUAUUCAAAACAGACAACGGCAUUCAAGACUAUGAGAUUAUGCAUCCUUCAGGGGAAACCCCAAGACCCAGUCCGAUGCUCAGUCAUGGUCCCUCGCCCACAGUCUACAGCCAGGAGGUUGUACCAUCAGUAGCCAAGGCCCAAGAUGAUCUUGGACCCACAUCGACGGAAGUGAAGCGAGGACCUUCCCCAGUUCCUAAACCCAGGACAAAAGCCCCUAAGGCCCCUGAGAAAUGAGGACAGAUGAUUUGAUAAUUAUCAAGUUGCAUUGUUUGCUAUAUUAUUGGGUAAAUGUUUAUCUGUGAUUAUUAUUAAGUAAUUGUUGAUCUGUAAUUAUUAUUGGUAACAGUUUAUCUGUGAUUAUUAUUUGGGUAUAUUGCUUCUGUCCUCCCCUACGUACCUUGGAAAAUCGCGGUAACUUCCUGAGAAAACACUGUAUCACACUAGUAAUAAUUUCUCCCCCUUUUCAGGUACGUUGUUAAUGUAUAAACCUUGUAGGCUUGACUGUGGUGAGUUGGUGUCAUGUUAAGAGUGUCGAGAGUGUUUAGGGGAUAGAUUGAAUGUUGCGUUUGUGAAGUGUGUGUGUGUGUGUGUGUGUGUGUGUGUGUGUGUGUGUGUGUGUCUGUAUUGUUUCAUGCACUGUUUACUUUGAAGGAUUUGAGAGUUUGGCAGUUACCUUGUGCUUAGGCCUGUGUAUUUGUAAAAUGUUAUGUUUUUGAAAGCGAUAACAGAUAAAGUUACUAUUUAGGAAACACCGUA